UUAUGCUCCACCACCUGGCAUUAUUGUUACCACACUCGAUCACGAUUGUGACGUCAGUCGGUAUCGACCCCCGGCGCUCCGGUAGCUGGACACAGGUUGACCGCCUGAUGAUACCUUCCCAUUGACAGUUCACACUAGCGCACGAUCCGUCAUCGCGCACAGCUCCAGCUCGGCGACGACGAUCGCGACGAUCAUCUCAGAGUUUCACCAGCUGCAGCUGGUCACGACCAGGAUUAUCUAACCGAGUCCGCAGACCGCGCUCCGGUCCGCAGUUGUUCCUGUUGCAGUGUGUGAUCGCAGCCGUUCGGAGAUCCGGAGCGAAUGGCCAGUUCGGAGCGGGUAGACUAGCCCGUAGAAAUGUCGUCCGAGACGCCAACCAACAAGUUCACCAACGUCGUCGGCUGGACAAACCGACGGAGUCCGAUCCACCAUCUGACCACGACCCAGGAUGUGAUCAAUCAGGGCAAAUGUCUCUGCGGCGAGUACAUUCGCGCCCGGCUCAAGCGGUCGGGCCUGCUAAAUCGCAAGAUCUUGCAGCGGCUGCGCAGUACGAUGGAAUUCGUUCCGCCCAGCUGUGUGGUCGUCCGGGAGACCUUCCCGGUGCUGAACGGAAUGGGCGAAGAGCUGGAACGGAUGCACCCGCGCCUUUACACAAACGUGAGCCGGCAGAUCUCGCUGGAGCCGUGGGGUGAGCUGACCGAACCGGACUCCGUGUGCUACCUGCUGCACGUGGUGGCCAAAGAUCUCUUCAAGACGGACAUCACCUGGGGCAAAGUGAUCUCGCUGUUUGCCAUCGCUGGGGGGCUCGCGGUGGACUGUGUCCGCCAGGAACACUACGACUAUCUGCAGCAGCUGAUCGAGGGCACCACGGACGUGAUCGAGGAAGAUCUGAGCGCAUGGCUGGUGGAAAAGGGCGGCUGGCUGGGACUGCACGAUCACGUCCAUCCGCCCCAAACCGAGAUCACCUUCCUCGGCUGGAUGACCAUCACCAUCUCGACGUUGCUCGUCAUUUACUUAAUCUCGGUUUUACUUAAACAUCUCGGCUCAAACUAUCUGUCGAAGUUCUAGGCGCCAACCCGUACUUUAUGGCUUAGUCGUUAAAAACAAUUGUAAUACUUAUGUAGCAAAGAACGUUAGCAACUCACCCGCAGCACACACACAUAUCAUAUUUUAAACACACACACCAUUUUUUGUCUUUACACUUAAAUAUAUUUACGAAUUUAGGCAAUGCUAUCUAAUAGCGCAGCAAAGUGAAUGUUACUUUACUUUUACUAUUUAGUUGGGGGAAAAAGGCAAUAACCGCGAUCACACUAUUUGCUCAUUGGCUAGUAUACUGAAAUUUACUUGAUAGCGUUAGCGAAGGUGCUUCUACCGCAAUGUUGACUAUUUUAAUUGUUUUCCUUAUACUAUACAAACUCUAUUCCUUGUUACGAACGUUCCAUAUCUUGCAACAAA